AUGGACGACGACCUGUUCGGAGUAUUCGACGAGACGGCGCCUAAGCAGAAUGGUGCGAUUGGAAAGAAGGAGAAGAAAGCCCGGAAACGAUCUGCAAAUGGUGAUGUGAAGACAGAGGCAUCGCAAGGAAAUGGCGACUCGGCCAUGCAAGAUGCGCCCGAUGCAGUCGGUGCCAAUUCAAAACACGUCAGCAACGGGAACGGAGAGGCCGUGGACGAGGAGCGACAUCAGAAGCGUCAGAGGAGAGACGACGAGCCCGAGCCUGUCGUGACAGAUACAUUCGAGACGGAGCAGUCGCGAGAAGUGGCGGCAGCUGCUGGUUUGCAGGCACAGAAGGAUGACAAGGCUGUAGUGCUGUCACAUCAAGUGCGACAUCAGGUCUCACUGCCGCCGGACUUCGAAUAUGUACCGAUCUCACAACACAAGCGACCCGAGAAGCCUGCUCGAGUCUGGCCUUUCACCCUUGAUCCAUUCCAGGAAGUCUCCAUCGCCUCGAUCGAACGCAACGAGAGUGUACUGGUCUCGGCCCACACGAGUGCUGGCAAGACAGUCGUGGCGGAGUAUGCGAUCGCACAAUGCUUGAAGAACAACCAGCGAGUCAUAUACACCAGUCCUAUCAAGGCAUUGAGUAACCAGAAGUAUCGUGAGUUCACUGCCGAGUUCGGAGAUGUUGGACUCAUGACUGGAGAUGUCACGAUCAACCCCACUGCGACUUGCCUGGUGAUGACAACUGAGAUUCUGCGAUCCAUGCUGUACAGAGGUUCGGAAAUCAUGCGUGAGGUUGCUUGGGUGGUGUUUGACGAGGUCCAUUACAUGCGCGACAAGUCAAGAGGCGUGGUGUGGGAAGAGACGAUCAUCCUGCUACCAGACAAGGUGCGAUAUGUGUUCUUGUCAGCCACGAUCCCGAAUGCUAUGCAGUUCGCAGAGUGGAUUACGAAGACGCACAACCAGCCCUGCCACGUUGUCUAUACCGACUUCCGACCUACGCCUCUACAACACUACUUCUUCCCAGCCGGUGCAGAUGGCAUACAUCUAGUCGUCGACGAAAAAGGCGUGUUUCGGGAGGACAACUUCAACAAGGCCAUGACAUCGAUUGCCGAUAAGGCAUGUGAUGAUGGUUCCGAUCCGAUGGCUAAAAGGAAAGGCAAAGGAAAGGAAAAGAAGACAAACAAGGGUGGCAAGAAGGAGGGACCAACGGAUAUCUACAAGAUUGUCAAGAUGAUCAUGAUGAAGAACUACAACCCGGUCAUCGUCUUCUCCUUUUCGAAGCGGGAGUGCGAGAACUACGCGCUGCAGAUGAGCCAGCUUGCAUUCAACGAUGAGAGUGAAAAAGCCAUGGUCUCGAAGGUCUUCAAUUCAGCUAUCGAAAUGCUAUCGGAUGAAGACAAGGAGUUGCCACAGAUUCAGCAUAUCUUGCCACUUCUGCGCCGAGGUAUCGGCAUCCAUCAUUCUGGUCUGCUACCUAUCUUGAAAGAGACCAUCGAGAUUCUGUUCCAGGAGGGCCUGAUUAAAGUCCUCUUCGCCACAGAAACAUUCUCAAUCGGCUUGAAUAUGCCUGCCAAGACUGUCGUGUUCACUUCUGUGCGGAAGUUCGACGGCGUAGCAGAACGGUGGGUCACGCCAUCCGAAUUCAUCCAGAUGUCUGGGCGUGCCGGCCGAAGAGGUCUGGACGAACGUGGUAUUGUGAUCAUGAUGAUCGACAACAAGAUGGAGCCGCAAGUCGCCAAAGACAUCGUCCGAGGAGAGCAAGACAAGCUCAAUUCGGCUUUCUACUUGGGCUACAACAUGAUUCUCAACCUGCUACGAGUCGAAGGUAUCAGUCCGGAUUUCAUGCUCGAGCGAUGUUUUUACCAAUUCCAGAACGCUGCAAGUGUGACAGGACUUGAAAAGGAGCUGAGCGAGUUGGAGCAGCGGAAGAACAACAUGGUGAUUGAAGACGAGGCCGACAUCAAGGAUUACUACGAGCUGCGGCAGACGCUGGAUGGAUAUGCGAAGGACAUGAAAGCCGUAAUCACGAAUGAGCAGUAUCUACUCAAAUUUCUACAGACUGGUCGCCUGGUCAGGGUGAAGUACAAGGACUACGACUUUGGCUGGGGUGCGGUCGUCAACUUUAACAGAGUCAAGCCAAGCCGCAACCAGACUCCGGAGGACAUCAAGCCUGGUCAAGCCGUCAUAGUAGAUGUGUUGAUGAAUGUGGCCGCAGACGUGACACCUCUGGCGAUAGGCAGCAAGUCCAAAGAUGACCUACCACCUGGUGUCCGGCCACCUGUACCCGGUGAGAAGGGCAAGAUGGAAGUCGUGCCCAUCACGAAUGGCACGAUUGACAGCGUAGGACAUCUACGGAUCUUCCUUCCCACCGACCUUCGCCAGCCAGAGCAACGGAACACGGUCCGCAAAUCUCUCGAGGAGAUUAGCAAGCGCUUCCCGGAUGGUGUCGCCAUUCUCGAUCCAAUAGAGAACAUGGGCAUCACAGACGAAUCGUUCAAGCGUCUCCUCCGCAAAAUCGAAGUACUAGAACACAAGCUCCUCUCAAACCCUCUCCAUAAAUCUGAACGCCUACCACAGCUCUACGACCAGUACGCUGCCAAAGAAGAGCUCAAAACAACCAUCAAAUCCAAACGAAAACAAAUCCAAGACGCCCUCUCCGUGCUCCAGCUCGACGAACUCAAGAACCGCAAACGUGUCCUUAGGCGCCUCGGCUUCAUAAAUGAACAGGAUGUCGUCCAACUCAAAGCUCGCGUGGCCUGCGAAAUCAGUACCGGCGACGAACUCGUGCUAAGCGAACUCCUCUUCAACCGCUUCUUCAACGAGCUCACGCCUGAACAGUGUGCCGCAUGUCUCAGCUGCUUUAUCUUCGAGGAAAAGAGCCAGGAUGCUCCGCCACUGAGGGAGGAGCUGGCGAAGCCGUAUAGAGAGAUCCAGGCGCAGGCGCGACAGGUGGCGAAGGUGAGUAUGGAGAGUAAGGUGCUGGUCAAUGAGGAGGAGUAUUUGGAGAGUUUCAAGAAGGAGUUGAUGGAGGUUGUGUUUGCUUGGACGCAGGGGGCUAGCUUCGCGACGAUCUGCAAAAUGACCGAUGUCUAUGAAGGUUCCCUGAUUCGCUUGUUCAGGCGACUCGAGGAGCUGUUGAGGCAGGUGGCGCAGGCUAGUAAGGCGAUGGGGAAUGAGGAGUUGGAGAAGAAGUUUGAGGAAGCUUUGGGGAAGGUCAGGAGGGAUAUUGUGGCUGCGCAGAGCUUGUACCUGUAA